AUGGAUGCGCGGGCUGCCUUCGAUCAAUUCUCAGAUGGCAAGCACUUCCUUGACAUCGAUGACCUAAGCUGUGCAGUCAUCGCCGUCUUCGGCUUCAAGUUCAAGAAGCAGGACCUUCGGGACCUCAUGGACCAGUACUCGGAGCCUGAAGUGGGCGUGCGGCUUGAGGCGUUUCUGGCUCUGGUUGAAGACCGAAGGCGGGUCUUUGGGGAAAGGGAUCGUGCCCUUCGCUUGUUUACAGCCCUGGACAAGAACGACCAGGGCUUCCUGGACCUCAAAGGCUUCCAGGAGGUGUGCUCGGAUACUUGCCGCCCGGUGGCCCGCCGAGCCGCCGAACUCUUCCAAGAGAUGGACAGGUCCAAGGCGGGCUCUGUGACCUUCUCCGACUUCGAAGCCUUCCUGGCCGGGGAAGACUGCAGGGAAACUGCUAGGGACUGGACGCAGCUGCACAGCCACAUGGUGAAUCACUUUGCAGACAUCGAAAGGCUUAUGGAGGAGACCGAGGGGGCGAGCGUGUCGCCCCUUCAAGAGCUGGCAGACAUUCGGCAGAGACACCAGCAGAGGUUCAAAGAAAGGGAAGCGCAAGCAGCGGAAGAGGAAAGGAGGCUAGAACAGGACAGCAGAAGGAUGCGGAACUCGCUGAGCAGUACGCCAAAGAGGAGGAAGAGGCGAGAUUGA